GAGGAGGCGGCAAAAAAGGUGGUGGAAGUGGCGGCGGCGGAGGUCCAGUAGGCCCAAAUCUUAUUAAGUGCGGCAAGGAAAAUAUCGAUGCGAACAAGUUUGUGUGCUGCGAUGGCGUUUCACACGUGAAAUCGUAUGGAGAUGAUACAUCCUGUUGUGGUGAGUAUGACUAUAACCCACAAAUCGAAACUUGUUGUAACGGUCUUCUCAACCCAGGUUUUGGAUUUAAGAACCGAGACGGUGUUUGCUGUGGAAUGUUUAGUUAUGACAAGCGAUGUUAUGAAUGUGUCAAGGAUAUGAUCAUGCCUAAGUUUAAUUACAAACAUCAGAUUUGCUGUGGUGGUGUAAUAAAUGAAUUAAAUGCAAACGAUACAUGUUGCUGUGGCGAAGAAACCAUAGACCCAAAGUUUGAAAUUUGUUGCGAUGGAGUACCUGAAAAAAGAGACAAAAAAGUCGCAGUUGACUGCUGUAACUGUGGGCUUACGAAAGUUGACAUAGUUGUCGUUUUGGACGCUUCCGAGAGUAUACAACUUCCAAACUGGCCAAAGAUGCUUACUUUUACAACCGAAAUUCUUGGUGAGGCUGAAAUUGAUGAAGACAAUGUUCGUGUUGGUCUUUUGACUUAUCGACACAAUGCUUCUGUAGAGUUUAACUUGAACGAGUACCACAAAAAAGAUGCUAUGUUCGGCGCCAUCAAAAGUGUUCCAUACGUAAGGGGAAGUACGAAUACAGGCUUUGCUAUUGAAACAGCAAGAGAGAAAAUGUUCAUUCCUUCAAAAGGGGAUAGACCUAACGUAGACGACGUGUUAAUUAUCGUUACAGACGGGGAUUCCGACGACUACGAUUACACAAUAGAACAGGCAAAGCUUGCUAGGGACUCUGGAAUUCAUAUCUUUGCUAUAGGUAUUGCACUGAAGAAUCUUACGGAGUUAAAGAAUAUUGCUAGCCCUCCUGCUGAGCAAAAUGUUCUCUCUAUAAACGACUUUGAUAAUUUGAAGACAUUGAAAGGGAAAAUAUUUGCAUCCAUUUGCACAGGAACACCAGUCCCGAAUCCAUUCGAAAAAUGUGGAAAGAAGGAGUAUUUCAAUCCGAAAGAAGAUUUAUGUUGCGAUGGAAAUCCAGUACCAAUUAUAACUGGUGAAAACACUAAAUGUUGCGGCCAAAACGGCUUUAAUGAAAAGACUCAAAUUUGUUGUAACGGUGUUGUCAAUGAUUUGCGAGGACCGAAUACAGUGUGUUGUGGAAAAACCGCCAUGGAUCCGAAGGCUGAGUUAUGCUGUGGACAAAGUCCUGUGAAAAGACCUUCGUUAGCAUAUGACGAAUGUUGCGGAACGCAUGCUUAUAAUCCAAACACAGAGGUUUGCUGCGCAGGCACCGUCUCCAAGGCCUUUGGUGACCCAUCAAAAGACACCGAUUGCUGUGGUCCUUUCUCAUAUGACACGCGUUGCUUCAUGUGCGCUCCGAGAAAUAAGAUUAAGCCGUUGUUUGACACGAACUGUCAACUGUGUUGUGAUGGAUCAAUACAAAAUCUGACCAGUGACGAUAACUGUUGUUGUGGAAAGAAAAUCUUUUCUCCUGCGGGAGGAGAUAUAUGUUGUGAUAACAAGUUGAGGGCAAGGAAAGGAGAAGAGAAAAAACAUAGUUGUUGUGAAUGUGGCAGCGCACUUGUGGAUUUGGCAUUGGUCAUAGAUUCAUCAGAGAGUGUGGGAGCAGCUAACUGGGAACUUCUGAUCGACUUUGUACAAUCUGUAAUUAGAAAUUCUGAUGUUGAUGACGGAAGUACCCGUAUAGCAUUGGAAGUAUAUAGGCACAACGUGAGUAUGGAGUUCAAGUUCAGUAAUUACGGAAUGAGCUCCAGUAUGAUAGAACAUGUGAAGAAAAUAAAAUACGUGCGAGGAAGUACAAAUACGGGCUUAGCUUUAGAAGAAAUGAGAGAGAAAAUAUUUGUUCCCAAAGCUGGAGACAGACCCAAUGUUCCUGAUAUAGCUGUUGUCAUUCUUGAUGGAUCGUCAGAUGAUCCGCGAGAAACUAAAAGGCAGGCAGCACUUGCUAAAGAAGCUGGAAUCCAUAUCUACGCUAUUGCUGUUGGCUUGAACAUUGACGAUGAAUUGAAAAGUAUUGCCUCAGAACCUUGGGAACAGAACGUAUUCACUACCAAUAAUUUCGAAGAACUGAAGAGCUUGAACAAACAACUGCUUGAAAUUGUGAGCGACGUCUGUCCGCAGCAACCAACACCAAACAAGUGCAAAGAACCAUGUGGAAAGAAAAUGUACGAUCCCAAAACAGAGUUAUGUUGCGAUGGGGAGCCCCAACUUUUCCAUGGUGGAUCUGCCGAAAAUACAAAAUGUUGUGGAACAGAGGCUUAUAGCGUACAAGAUGAGAUGUGUUGUAACGGAAACGUUAACGUCAAACCUGGGAACAGAAAAAAAGCCGAGGCAGAAUGCUGUGGAGAUGCAGCCUAUAACCCACGUGAUUCCAUGUGUUGUAGGGGUAAAGAUGUUAUCCCGAUAUCUGGAAAGGGAGCGUCAGACUGUUGCGGAAUGUCAACAUUUAAUCCAAUCAAAGAACUAUGUUGUGAAGAUGUUAUCUAUGAAAACUUUGGGCCUGACGGUAAAAGUGGGGCAUGCUGUAAGCUGGCCGAUUCUAAUAAAACAGUGAGCUAUGACACCAGAUGUUAUCAAUGCAAAAAGGGUGAACUUCAACCUCUGUACGACUGUGCGUUUGAGCGUUGUUGUGAUGGAGUUAUUCAGAAGAUCGAAUAUCAGAACUCGUGUUGUUGUGGUAAAAAGGCAUUUAACCUUGAUGAAUUUACUUGCUGUGAUGGAAAACUCAGUAAGCGUAAAAAAGAUGACGAUCCAGGAUGUUGUGAAUGUGCCAGCAGCAUCGCAGAUAUUGUUAUCGUUUUGGACUCAUCAGAAAGUGUUGGUCUAGAAAACUGGAGGAGAAUGGAAAUGUUUGUCGAAGAUUUAAUCUCUGCAUCAACUGUACCGGAUACACGAUUUGGUCUGUUGACAUAUAAACAUAAUACGUCAAUAGAAUUCCACAUGAACAGAUAUUUUGACGUACCUUCUCUCUUGGAAGCGGUUGACAAUUUACCAUACGUAAGAGGAAGUACAAAUACUGGUUUAGCUCUACAGGUGGCCAGGGAGCAGAUGUUGAUACCAAUGAAUGGGGACCGGCCUAGUGCACCAGACUUUAUUUUGUUAAUAACAGACGGACAGUCUGAUGAACCUCUGUACACAAAAGAACAAGCUGACCUCGUCAAGGAACAAGGUAUCCAGAUUAUUGCUCUUGGUGUUGGUCUAAAGGAUGUUAAGGAACUGAGAGCUGUUGCGAGUCCACCCGCUGACGUUAAUGCCAUCUCAUUGAAAAACUUUGACGAACUUGAGGUCGUGAAACAGAGAAUAUUCAACGAUCUUGCAAAGAGUGUUUGCCCACAGAGACCGAAAGAACGUUGUGGCCUGCCAUGCGGAGACACUGUGUAUGACCCUCUUACUCAAGUGUGUUGUAAUGAACGUCCCCAGCCUAUACAGGGUGGAUCAGCAGAGAAUACAAAAUGUUGUGACCAGCAGAGUUAUAAUGUAAAAACAGAAAUGUGUUGUGGCAAGACGACAGUGUAUAACAUAAAAACCGAAAUGUGUUGUAACAAAAAGGUCAAUGAGAAACCACCUGGCAAGAAUCCAGAAUGUUGUGAUGAUGAAGCAUACAAUCCGGAUGAAGCCAUCUGUUGCUAUGGUAACUCUGUCAUCGAAAAGUCAAGCAAGGAUGCUACUGAAUGCUGUGGAAUGGCCACAUAUGAUCCUGUUAAGGAAUUGUGUUGUGAUGACGCUAUUUACAUGAAUUACGGUGAUGAAGGGGAAAGUGGAGCAUGCUGCACAAUGAGGAAAACAAACGUCACCGUUAGCUAUGAUAUACGCUGUUAUGAGUGUGUAAAUGGAGAACUCGUGCCAUUAUAUGAUUGUGCCUAUCAGCGUUGUUGUGAUGGCGUCAUCCAAGAAAUUUAUGGCGAUACAUCUUGCUGCUGUGGAAAGAUAGCGUUUGAUCCUACUACCCAGAUUUGCUGCAAUAAGAAAAUCAGGAACAGAAAGCCUGAAGAUGAUAAGAGAUGUUGUGAAUGUGCAGGCAAAAUUGUCGAUAUUGUGAUUGUAUUGGAUUCGUCAGAAAGUGUUGGGGAAGACAACUGGAGACGUAUGGAAACUUUUGUUGAAUCACUUAUUGGAAGCUCAAAAUUUCCGGACGUGAGGUUUGGAUUGUUAACAUACAGACACAACGCGUCAAUAGAAUUCAAUUUGAAUAAGUUCUUUGACAAAACAUCCCUUUUAGACGCAGUUGACAAACUCCCCUACAUUCGAGGAAGCACAAACACAGGUUUAGCCCUUCAGGUGAUGAGACAGAAGAUGUUCACAACACAAGCUGGUGACAGACCAACAGCUCCUAACUUCGCUUUGGUCAUUACUGAUGGCCAGUCUGAUAAUCCUGCUGAUACAAAGAAACAAGCAGAUCUCGUCAAAAAUCAAGGUAUCCAUGUACUUGCUCUCGGUAUUGGUUUGAAAGACGCCAAGGAGCUGAACGAAGUUGCGAGUCCACCAUCAGAAGAAAACGCUAUAGCAUUGAAAAACUUUGAUGAGCUCAAAGUUGUUAAAAAUAGAAUAUUCAAUGAUCUCUCCAAAGGCGCAUGUCCCCAACAACCAGAGAAGAGAUGUGGAACUCCUUGUGGUAAUACUACAAUUGACGAGCGUUAUUAUAUUUGCUGCGAGGGCGUGCCACACAAAAGAAUGGCGGGCAGUAAUACACAGUGCUGCGGUACUGAAGCCUAUGAUCCCAACUGUUUCAUCUGCUGUGAAGAAAAUAACCUUGUAUCAAAAUAUGCCGGCAACUUUACAGAAUGCUGUUGUAAAUGGGCAUACGACAGUCGAACACAUUUAUGUUGCGGUAACCACAUUUUACCACUAGUGGCGGGAAAAUUUACGUUAUGUUGUCAUAAUGAGACGUACGACACAAGAACACAGGUUUGCUGUGACAAUAUAAUGGUGCAGCCAAGUUUUGGAGAGAGUACUAAAUGUUGUAAUGGGAAAAGCUAUGAUUCGGACUGUGAUGACUGUGCUAAAAAUAAUAUAACCCCUCGUUACGAUGUAAACGAAGAAUUAUGCUGUGGAGGCAAAAUUCAGAAGAAGCAGUUCGAAGAAAGGUCGUGUUGUUGCGGAACAAAACAGUUUGAUGUUGACAAAGGGAUAUGCUGCGAAGAGAAAUACUUUGAUCGCCCGAAAGGCGACGAGGUAACAUGUUGUGGUUCAAAUAUACAUAAUCCAAAGAAAGAAAUUUGCUGUAACGACGAAGUCAAUCCUAGACUCAGCGGGUUUGAGACGAAAUGUUGUGGAAAUACAUCAUACAACCCAAGCAAAAGUCAUUGCUGUGAUGACAAACUAAACAAAAAGAAGUCUAAAGGGGACACAUGCUGUUGCGGUAGCACGGUAUUUGAUUUUUCCAAGAUGAUAUGUUGCGAUGGUCAAGUAAGUAAAUUAUCAAAGCCUGGAAAUCGUAGCUCCUCUGUUUGUUGCGGAAAGAGAUCGUUUGAUCCCACUAAACAAAUUUGUUGCAAAAAUACGGUAAACAAACUUGGCGUAAAAGGAGCGAGCACUGCUUGUUGCGAAAAGAAAGCGUAUAAUCCAGCGAAACAGGUUUGUGAAAAUGGAAAAGUUACAUCCAUCAAGAAAGAAUGCAAUAACAGAUUUUAUAACCCCGAGACACAGAUGUGUUGUAACGGAUAUAUCAACAACGGUACAAUCAAGGACCCAUGGGCUCGGUGUUGCUUUGGUGAUGCAUAUGAUGCCAGAGAGAAGGUAUGCUGUUGUAAUGGUAACCUGGAAGAAGCUAUUGCUGGAAUUUACACUCAGUGCUGCUACAGCAUGGCGUAUGAUUCAAGAACGCAUACCUGUUGCGAUGGACAGAUUGUACGAAAGCCUUACCCAUCUGCAGAAUGUUGUUGCGAGAGACAAGCCUACGACAGUAACAGAGAAAUUUGUUGUGGAGGGAAAGUUAACGCAUGCGGCAGCGACAGAACAAAAUGUUGCGACACUGAGGCAUAUGAUCCUGUACUGGAAAUUUGUUGUGACGGGAAACUGCACGAUAGGAAGUAUGGAGCGGACACAUAUUGCUGUGGAGAAGAUGUAUAUACGCCAACAUUGGCAGCAUGUUGUGGUAAUAGGAUCGCAUAUAGAAGAAAAAUAAAUCUAGAAUGGUAAAAGCCGUGAACUUCAAAGGCGAAAUUUAAUCAACAUUCAUUUUAUCAAACUUGAUUUCUCGUACAUAUCAUUGCUUGUUUUAUUUUAGUAAAGCAUUUGUUGAUUAUUUAUCCCAUUGUGUUGUUUAAACACAUCGUGUAUCUGUGUAUGUGAGUUUGUCAUUUUGAUUAAUAAAAAAGUAUUAUAUUGCUUGUAUGAUACAUUGAUAGAUAUAAACAUGAAUAUUCAUUUCACGUUCGGUAUAUAGAAACAUUCUAAAGGGUGUAAGGAACGUUCAUUUGUCGUUGGAAAGUAAACCGGCAUGCAGAAAUGUACAGUGUUUUGUCACAAUAAAUGCUUCUAGAUUAACAUAUGGCUGAUACUGUACAGACAUAUGACUGAUACGUUACAUACAUAUAGCUGAAACGAUGCAGACAUAUGGCUGAAACGAUGCAGACGUAUGGCUGAUACGGUGCAGAAAUGUGGGCGAUACGGUGAAGACAUAUGGCUGAAACGGUACAUAAAGGAUUGAUGUUUAGGUACAGAUAUAUGUCUGAAACGAUAGGACAUAUGGCUGAUACGGUAAAGAUAUCAGUCAGAUACGUUGAAGAUAAGUGGCUGAUACCUUAAAGACAUAUGGCUGAUACGAUACAGAUCUAUGGUUGAAAUGUUACAGGUUUUGUAAUAUUCAGAUAAUUUUUUUGGAGAAAGUACAAUUUCAAAAUUUGAUACACUUAAUCAUUUACAGGUCAACAUUUGACUAACCUUUUUAGUAAGAUGUUUAACAAAUGUAUGUUAAAUAGAAAAUGUAACACCAAACCAAUAAAAUAAACAUACUCUCUUACACUUGUUACAGUAUGCAUUUUGUACGUAAAACUAAAAGCAAAAUCAUGUUUAAAUGCUUAUUUCAGUAUCGAUUACUUUUGGAAUUUACGUUUGUAUUGUCGCUUGACACCAUAUAUACUGUUCUGAUGAUAUAUAUUGUAUAUUUAACUGUCAUAUUUUGUUUUCACGCUGUAGUCUUUCAUAAAUUGCUUAUUCUAUAGUAUAUCAAUAUAACUUUGAGCGGCACAGUAGCCGUUGCUCAAAACGUGGGGAACAUAUAUAUUUGGAAUGUGUUGGUUUCAUAAAACUUUUUCGUGCAUCAUAGAUCUAUCAACAAUUAUGUUACAAAUUCACGUAUCAUUGUUUCAUUAUAGGUUGUCCAUUAUCCUGUAUCAUUAAUAAUUAUUUUUCAUUGAAUCAUAAAACAUCAUCUGUUUAAUGUUUAUUGUUAUGUAUUCUCUAAUUAUAAAGCAAACUAUGGAGAGCUAUUCAAAAAAAAUUUACAUAAGACAUAUCAACGGAAUUUGUGUUAAUUUUAAGACUUUUUUGCACUUACAUUCGGAUUUCUAGCAUUUGAUUCUCAAUAUUGCUAUCAGAUUUGUAUAAAUUAGCACUUUAGCUUAAGCUAAAUUAUUUGUAAAUUAACAACUACCUCAGAUGUAGAUUUAACCCGAUUUGUAUAGACUAGAUCUAGUUCAUAAUUUUUUCAUGUCUGAGCAAAGUAAUUAUGCUUAUUGUGAUUUGACAUCCUCAGUCUACAUAGCAAAGUUUUAACUAAGAAACUAAGAGAUCUUGAUAGAUAGAGGUAAAUCAGUUUGACUCUUUGGCAUAUAUUUAUGUGUAAAAUAUUGCGGGGGAGGGUGGUUAGACCAUAUUCUAAAAUACCUAACUUAAUUGACAUAUCAUAAAAGUAAAUUUAUUGCAUAUAUGAGGACAGGAGACUUGCAAAAACAAUAUAACCUUUACUACUUGAGUUUAUACCAAUUUAUUUUAGCUCAGUUGUGAUGAAAGAUUGAAGUUUAUUUAAGUUACUCCUAAUCCCGCUUCAGUAACCCCAAUGUUUGUGCCAUUCGAGAAGGUGCUGCCGUGACCCAAAUGGGAAAUAUUCCAUGACCUCCGGGUUGAUAUAUUGGCCUUUGAUUAUCGCAUCUAUUUGUUCAAUUAGUGUAUAGCCAUUAGAAAACAAAAAAUACAUCAAAUGAGUUAUUACAAUGCAUGUAUGUUACAUUAUAAAUAAAAUGGUAAACUGUAA